AUGUCCGUCUUCUUAUGCCCAAAGGACUGUUUUGAUGGUGCCAAAGUCAAGCCUAAGCAUUUCGAACCUGGUGAUGUCAAAUCUUUAGCAUGUCUGCAGGCUGUUUGGUGGGAUGGUCUACUUGUCACGUCACUACAUGGGGAUCUUGACUGCCGAUUUACGUGCUUGCCCACCCCUCCAAGUUCAAGCUCUCAGGACGCCAAGAGCAUGAUCAUCCUCAAGUCUAAAAACCAGUCCAAGGACGGUGCAUCUUUACGGAACAACGGUAUCCGCUUUUCAAUCGCUCAGCUAAGCGGUGUUUUGGCACCCUUUUCAAGGCAUGCAGCGCACCACAAUGUGAACGGAGAAAAGGGAUGGCCAACCGCAGAUGCGCAGCGCAGACAGGAAAAUCAUAGCGAGGAAUCGUCGCGAGAUUAUGAUAGCGUGUUGGGAUUGACCCGUCAACAUGAACACCUUGCAGGAUAUGUGGUGAUUGGGAAGGUGUAUGCGUACAGUAGGGGGAGGGAACGACUCGGUCCAAGGCAGGGUGUACAAACUUGCUAA